AUAUAAAUGUAACGCCAGAAAUAAGAUGAAGAAGAGAAGAGAGUAUUAUCGUUGAGACAAGAAUGAGGUCCUCUUUGGUUCUAGGAGCCGCCUUGCUCCUAACGAUAGUGACCCGGUCCAUCGGCAGUCCAGUCAAAUCAGAACAUACGUGUGGAAACUUAGGCCCAGGCAUCAACGCGUGCAGAUGCGGGGAAAUAGUGGUAAAAGCAGCGAAAGUGCAAAAACCGCUGUUCUAUGCGUCGCCGGAAGCAAUCAACGAAGCUGCAGCGGCACGUGAAGCGGUUGGAAGACUGUCCGUGGGAACGGAUCGAUGGCAAUCCGAAAGCGUGGCAUCUUUUCCCAAUAAGCCAUAUGCAUACGGAGGAACGUAUAGCGGUAGCAGCAGCAGCAGCAGCUCUUCAAGUUCCUCGUCUUCCGUCGGAAUUCUUGGAGGAAGCAACGCUUAUUCACCUUUCAAAUCUGUCUCGAGCAGAGUUACUUCCAAUUGCGGAUGCGGAAAGACUUCCGAAUCUCUGGAGGUUCGCGAUCUCCUAUCCUCUAAUAUUGAAGGAAAAGUCGUGCCCAGUUUUCCACCGAUCGGCGACCUGUGUUAUCCGUCUAGCCCGUCGAGCGAUAAAUUCCAGGUGAUUACCAAAGUAACACCGGCACAUCCUGGCAAAAUCAAAUGUGAGCCCCCUAUUCCUUACGAGGUUUGUGUCCAAGUACUCAACGGACAGAUCGACGAGGCUGGAUUAAGAAAACUUGGUUUGACGACCGGUGGAUCCGCAAUCAGCGGAAGUCUCGGCAAAUACGCGGCUACGCGUUACGGCAGUUCCGGUCGUUUCGGAGGAUAUGGAGGGUCAUACGCGAGUUCCAGCGCAAGCUCGACCGCAUACGGACAAGGAUCGUACGCGGGUGCCAGCGCGGCCGGUUUCGCAACGUCAAGUAACAUCAAGACGAUCCAAGGAUCGGCUACGAGUCGUCGUACUUCUAGCUACGAAUCUCCUAACGAUUUUGGCGAUGAUUUAGAGUUUCCUGAGGACUAUUCGUAUCCUCGACUGCCAGCGGAUCCGGUCUCAGUCACCUUGGCAUAUAAAAAUCUCUUUCCGCGUACCGUGUACUACAAUAAGAGAGCGUUCAUACCGGAAGACAAGCUGGCAUUCGGUCAUCGGACUGUGCCGACCGAGCCAUCGCCCAGCAAAAAGGUGCCGGACGUCCCCGAGGAAAAACUUCAAGUCCUAGAUAAACCUGUCGUAGAGUUGAAAUCAGUGUCAUCGGUUCCCGUCACUAUCGGCGCUUACGACGAGCACGAGGAAGCAAAGUUGGCGGAGCUCGAAGCCAUCGAACGCGAGAGGAUAAAUCAGGAGGAGAUUGCCCAGCGGCAGCAAGAGAACUUUAUUACGUACGGAGAUCUAGGAUACGCGCCAUGCAACGAGCCUUUAUCAACGGAUCCUAUUGGCACAUUCAACGCGCAAGACGAUAUCGCAGCGGAUUGCGGUCCGAUAGGACCACCAGACCCCGAUUACGUUCCUGGCAGCGUCGUCGUCAAUCGAGAACUCGUGAAGAACGAAGACCAAGAUGACACCCUGAGAAGUAGCGUCCAUGCUCCGGAGUUGUACGUUCGUCAUUACGCGGACGACAAUAGCUACGAGGAGGACGACAGUGAUGAUUCCACAUCCGGCAUAUUCGCCAGAUUGAAAAGUUUCGUCCAGAAGCAUGGUCCCUCAUAUCAAGCUGUAUGAUUUUUCGUAAACGUUAUACGUGAAAUGCGUGAAAAGGACUCGCAGCUUAUUGACGGUUCGCGAUUACCCAGAUGAAUCUUGAUUCUUCUCUGAAACGCGAAGACGUAGACAUCCUCCAAUAUAUGUUACACUAGUCCCAGUCGUGUGUCUAAUUGUGAUGUUGUUAUUGUUAAGAUAAUAUAUAGCAAUUGUGCGAAAGUCAAGUCGA